AUGGCGACUUCCGGUGGAAAGUCGCGGCGGGAGGAGGCGAGUGAUAACUCAGACGAUGAACUGCUGCCUCUACCUAACGAUAUAUACGGCGGCAGUCAAAGAACAGUGAACGAAACGAAAGGAUGGGACGUCUUCAGAGAGUUCCCUCCGAAGCAGGAGAGUGGCUCCAUGGAGAGUCAGAAAUGUCUGGAGUUUACUAUAAGAAUCCUCAAAGUAUUGGCGUAUACUGUAACCUUCAUCGUCGUCUUAGGAUCUGGUGUGAUAGCCAAAGGAACGGUCCUAUUUAUGACGUCACAAUUAAAAAAAGACAGGCGACUAGCAUAUUGUAAUAGGAAUUUAGGUAGGGAUAAACAAUUUAUAGUGAGUUUGCCAGACGAAGAAAGAAUAGCGUGGAUGUGGGCACUUCUUGCGGCUUUUGCUAUACCAGAAAUAGGAACAUUAAUAAGAGCUGUUCGAAUCUGCUUUUUCAAAUCAGCUAAACGGCCAACUAGCGUGCAGUUCAUUGUGAUAUUUAUAGCAGAAUCCUUGCACACCAUUGGUUUGGGCUUAUUGUUCUUCAAAAUUCUACCAGAAUUAGACGUCGUAAAGGGUGCCAUGAUAACCAACUGUCUUUGUAUAGUGCCAGCAAUUCUUGGCUUACUAUCACGAAGUUCUCGAGAUUCGAAGCGAUUUAUGAAGACAAUAGUUGACAUGGCUGCUAUAGUUGCACAAGUCACCGGUUUCAUUGUCUGGCCUUUACUUGAAAACAAACCAGUUUUGUGGCUCAUCCCUAUUUCAGCACUCUGCAUAUCUUUGGGAUGGUGGGAAAAUUACGUUACCCGCCAGAGUCCUAUCGGUAUAAUCAAAAGUCUGGGUAGAUUAAAGGAUGAAUUUAAUUCCAGUAGAUAUUACACAUACCGUAUUAUGUCUGUAUGGAAAAUUAUAUUGUUUGUCAUGUGUAUUCUGUUUUCCAUUUGGAUGGAUGGCGACGAACCAGCUAUGUUUUUCCAGCUCUUCAGUCCUGGUUUUAAGCCACAUAAUAUCGUCGUAGAAGAGGUUCAAAUACAAUUAGGUGGAACGGUAAUUCCUGAUCUCGCAAAUGCAACCCUCACGGGAGACUCGGUUGAAGUUGCAGCAGUAUAUAAAUCGGCCUUUUACGUGAUGCUAAUACAAAUUUUCGCAGCAUAUUUUUGUUAUAUUUUCGGAAAGUUUGCUUGCAAAAUUCUCAUCCAAGGCUUCAGUUACGCUUUUCCUAUAAAUUUGGUGAUACCGUUAGUAGUCAACUUUUUGAUAGCGGCUUGUGGAUUAAGGAAUGGUGACACUUGUAUUUUCCAUGGCACUAUACCGGAUUACUUGUUUUUCGAGAGUCCUCCAGUAUUUACACUAAGCGAUUUCAUUUCUCGACAAAUGGCAUGGAUUUGGCUGCUGUGGUUGCUAUCGCAAACGUGGGUUACCAUUCAUAUUUGGACACCGAAAGCAGAACGUUUGGCUUCAACCGAAAAAUUGUUUGUGCUUCCAAUGUAUAAUGGAUUACUUAUUGAUCAAAGUAUGGCCCUUAAUAGAAAAAGAGACGACCAGAAAGACGUUAAAACAGAGGAUUUAGCGGAAAUAGAGAAAGAGAAAGGCGAUGAAUAUUACGAAACAAUAUCCGUUCACACGGAUAAUACUGGUCCGUCGCCUAAAACUAUAAAAUCAUCGGAUCAAAUAACAAGAAUUUAUGCGUGUUGCACUAUGUGGCAUGAAACUAAGGACGAGAUGAUGGAGUUCUUGAAGUCUAUUCUACGUUUGGACGAGGAUCAAUGUGCGCGACGAGUGGCACAGAAAUAUUUAAGGGUUGUAGAUCCCGAUUACUAUGAAUUUGAAACUCACAUAUAUUUAGACGACGCUUUCGAAAUAUCGGAUCACAAUGACGAUGAUUCACAAGUCAAUCGUUUUGUGAAGCUUCUUGUGGAUACUAUCGACGAGGCAGCUUCUGAGGUCCAUCAAACAAUCAUACGUGUCCGACCGCCGAAGAAAUAUCCAGCUCCGUAUGGUGGAAGACUGUCGUGGGUUCUGCCAGGAAAAACUAAGAUGAUCUGUCAUUUGAAAGACAAAUCUAAGAUUCGUCACAGGAAACGUUGGUCUCAGGUGAUGUACAUGUACUAUUUAUUGGGACAUCGUCUAAUGGAGCUGCCAAUAUCAGUUGAUCGUAAAGAGGUUAUGGCUGAAAACACAUACUUGUUGACCCUCGACGGCGAUAUUGAUUUCCAACCUCAUGCAGUGCGUCUGUUGAUCGAUUUAAUGAAAAAGAACAAAAAUCUGGGAGCAGCUUGUGGACGUAUUCAUCCAGUUGGCUCUGGUCCCAUGGUAUGGUAUCAAUUGUUUGAGUAUGCGAUUGGUCAUUGGCUGCAAAAGGCGACUGAGCAUAUGAUUGGCUGCGUACUUUGUAGUCCCGGGUGCUUCUCUUUGUUCAGAGGAAAAGCUCUGAUGGACGACAACGUUAUGAAAAAAUAUACAUUGAGAUCUGAUGAAGCUCGGCAUUAUGUACAAUAUGAUCAAGGCGAGGACCGAUGGCUCUGUACGCUUUUGCUUCAACGAGGCUACCGAGUAGAGUAUUCGGCUGCAUCCGAUGCAUACACACACGCUCCUGAAGGAUUUAAUGAGUUCUAUAAUCAACGUCGUCGUUGGGUACCUUCCACUAUCGCCAACAUUAUGGACUUGUUAGCGGAUUACAAACACACGAUUAAAAUUAACGACAACAUUUCGGCUCCUUAUAUUGCAUACCAGAUGAUGUUGAUGGGUGGAACUAUUCUGGGACCUGGUACCAUAUUUCUUAUGUUGGUGGGUGCUUUUGUGGCAGCCUUUAGAAUUGACAAUUGGACUUCAUUCGAAUACAAUCUGUACCCUAUUGCUCUCUUCAUGUUUGUUUGUUUCACCAUGAAAUCGGAAUAUCAGCUGUUAGUCGCCCAAAUAUUAUCAACAGCGUAUGCUAUGAUAAUGAUGGCUGUGAUUGUCGGUACUGCUCUUCAAUUAGGGGAGGACGGUAUAGGAUCACCUUCGGCCAUUUUCUUAAUAUCACUGUCUAGUUCAUUCUUUAUAGCAGCGUGUCUACAUCCGCAAGAGUUUUGGUGUGUCGUCCCCGGUAUUAUUUAUCUGCUAUCCAUCCCAUCUAUGUACCUGCUUUUGAUUUUGUAUUCUGUAACUAACUUGAAUGUCGUAUCAUGGGGUACUAGAGAAGUGCAAACAAAGAAAACUAAAAAGGAAAUCGAAGAAGAAAAGAAAGUAGCAGAAGAAGCUAAGAAAAAGGCAAAACAGAAGUCUUUGUUAGGUUUCCUUCAGGGGGUAAAUAGUAACGAAGAAGAGGGUUCUAUAGAGUUCUCGUUCGCUGGUCUGUUUAAAUGUUUACUUUGUACCCAACCAAAAGGAAAUGAAGAAAAGAUACAACUCAUGCACAUUGCUUCCACCCUUGACAAAUUGGAGAGAAAAUUGGAAAAUGUAGAAAGAAUUGUGGACCCGCAUGGACAAUUACGAGGCCGAAAAUUGUCAGUAGGACCCAGAGGUAGUACAAACGGUGACCAAUUAGUGACUGUAGCAGAGGGAGCAGAAGAGGAACACGGAUCUGAUUCGGAAACUGAUACAAUAUCUACAGUACCCAGGGAGAAGCGAGAUGAUCUUAUAAAUCCAUAUUGGAUAGAAGACCCGGAAUUGAAAAAGGGAGAAAUGGACUUUUUGAGCCCAUCCGAACUAUCAUUUUGGAAAGAUCUUAUUGACAAAUAUUUAUAUCCCAUUGAUGCUAAUAAGGAAGAACAGGCACGUAUAUCCAGAGAUCUAAAAGAAUUGAGAGACUCCUCUGUUUUUUCAUUCUUUAUGGUUAAUGCCCUUUUUGUGUUAAUUGUUUUCUUGCUGCAACUAAAUAAGGACAAUCUUCAUAUUAAAUGGCCGCUCGGAGUAAAAACUAAUAUUACAUACGAUGAAAUAUCCCAAGAGGCUCGAAUUGCAAAUGAUUUGCUAGAACUUCGCAAUAAGUCAGUAUUUGCAUUUGUCAUGUUCAAUGCUUUAUUUAUAUUGAUAGUAUUUUUAUUACAACUCAACAAAGAUCAACUCCACGUGAUUUGGCCUUUGGGUGUAAAGACAAACAUUACGUACAUCGAGGAUACAGGCGAGGUAUUAAUAUCAAAAGAAUACUUACAAUUGGAACCCAUUGGUUUAGUAUUUGUAUUCUUCUUCGCGUUGAUUUUAGUAAUUCAGUUCAGUGCUAUGUUGUUCCAUAGAUUUGGUACAAUAUCACAUAUAUUAGCAUCAACUGAAUUGAAUUGGUUCUUUUCAAAGAAGACCGAUGAUUUGUCACAAGAUGCUUUAUUGGAUAAAAAUGCAAUAGCAAUAGUGAAAGAUUUGCAAAAAUUAAAUGGAUUGGACGAUGAUUAUGACAAUGAUUCGGGAUCAGGUCCACAAAACGUUGGUAGAAGAAAGACUAUUCAUAACUUGGAGAAAGCUAGACAGAAGAAGAGAAACAUUGGAACAUUGGACGUUGCUUUUAAGAAACGUUUCUUCAACAUGAACGCUAAUGAUGGUCCAGGAACACCAGUUCUAAACCGCAAAAUGACGUUGCGAAGGGAAACUCUCAAGGCUUUGGAAGUAAGGAGGAAUUCUGUGAUGGCUGAGAGGAGGAAAUCACAGAUGCAAACGCUUGGCGCAAAUAAUGAAUAUGGCGUCACUGGAAUUUUAAAUAACAAUCCAGUUCCACCACGUCAUAGGACUUCGACAGCAAAUAUUUCAGUGAAAGAUGUUUUCGCUGAACCAAACGGUGGAAUGAUUAACAGAGGAUAUGAGACUUCUUUAGGUGACGAAGACGACAGCAAUUCAAUGAGACUCCAGCCUAGACAAAACCAAGUUUCCUUCCAAGCACGCUUCUAG